AUGCCUCCGCCGCUCAAUUAUUCGGAAGCAUUUUUGAAGAGCACCAAUGCUGCACUACCUGGGUUUUCACCUCAGUUUCCUACAUUGUUUCCUCCUCUGCCGUCGCGUACUGUUGCUCCUGCUUUCACUCAUCCUGCGCCUGUCAAUCCUACACCUCCAGCCCACCUUUCGCGUAUUACCGGUCUACCACCACUGCCUCCGCCUUACCCUACACUGCUCCCACACUCUACGCCAUUCAAUUCUAAUUUUCUGUCCACUUCAACGCAAGCGCCAGUAACGAUCACAAAUGCGAUUGACUCUGGUGAUCACACAACUCCGACCGACCCGUUCGCAUCUUCACAUCUCCCGUCCACUACCUCCUCUACUCCUGAAAGCCAGCUCGUAACCGCGUCUUCUUCAUCCGCUCAAGAAACACAGUCCAAAUCUUCUGCCACACCUAAGCCAGCGCUUACCACAACACCUGGCACAGGAGAGAGCAAGACCACGAGAAGACGGGGUUCCGUCGGUCAUAUUAGGGGUCGCGCCACUACCACCAUGAUGCCGGGCAAGGUGGUGACCCACAUCACCGUCACGGUUGUGGACACAAGAGAUUCCAGCAGAGGACGGCAGCCCGACGACCUCCACGGUGAAGUCCCACCAGAUGAAUCUGAUGAGACCAAAGAAGAGCAUAAACCUGAUUCAACUAAGCAAGAGAAAGGGAGUCAGGGCCAGAACUCAGCCAGCAGAGAGAUUACAACCGACAAAGAGGAGAACGAAGCUUCGAGCCCCGAUAUUGUGAUCAGAACAGAUAAAGGAGAUCAUGGCCAACCACCCAUUACUCAUAUAGAUCUCAGUUCCAAUGGAGGGACGCCGUUGAUAAUCACUCAUCUACCAAAUUCAAAAACAUCACCACCUUUUCCAACCGACCGAGGACAAGGCAUCACUGGCGGAAGCACGAAGACUACAGCUCCAAAUAUUCCAAGCCCCGUAGUAGUUCCAAUACAGACAGCUGGAAGAGCUGGCGAGGAUUUUUCGAAAGUGGAAACACUGGACAUCAAUACGAUGAGUGGAAUGGGAACCAGAGAGCGGUGUUUGCUUCAGGUAGUUAACAAUGCCAAGGAGAAAUACGCGAAAUACGAAUGUCAGUGUGCUGUUGGCGAGAUGGAAGUUAAUGGAGUCUGUGAAGGUCACGAGAGUGAUUUGGCUUUCUUCAAAAUGGAUGUUCAGUCCGCGUGUGGAGUCACACAGCUCACUUUUGACCAGAGGAAAUGGGUAGCGAUCGCUAAGCUGGCUGAAUCGCUGGAUCUUCCAGCUUGUGUGAGGAUGAGUUCCAACGGUGAUCCCAACGUAAAUGCGAUCUGUGGAACAGGAUGUGAUCUGCGAAACAUCCAGAAACUCAUGAAACAUGUCAGUGGCGAUCCCAAACGAGUCUUCAUUGACGGUGAGUUGAGUGAAGCUUACAGGUGGAAGACCCCGUAA